ACUGCCCCCAAUCUGAAGUGUGGGUGAUCGGCCCUGCCCCAGCUCACUGCCAGCGGUGCCUCAUUUCCGGGGCCGUAGUGCCGAGGCGCAGACUGGGUAGCCACGGAUGCGGAAGGUCUCUGUGCUGGCCUUCCUGGCCUGGGUCUCUUUCCUUUUCUACGCUGGCAUUGCUCUCUUCACCAGUGGCUUCCUUCUCACACGUUUGGAGCUCACCAACCAAAGCAGCUGUCAUGAACCCCCAGGCCCUGGGUCCCUGCCUUGGGGGAGCCAAGGGAAGCCUGGGGCCUGCUGGAUGGCUUCCCAUUUCUCCAGGGUUGUGUUGGUGCUGAUAGAUGCACUACGAUUUGACUUUGCCCAACCCCAGCGCUCACAUGUGCCUGGGAAAUCUCCUGUCUCCUUGCCCUUUCUGGGAAAAUUGGGCUCCUUGCAGAAGAUCCUGGAGAUUCAGCCCCACCAUGCCCGGCUGUACCAAUCUCUAGUUGACCCCCCCACUACCACCAUGCAGCGCCUCAAAGCCCUCACCACUGGCUCACUGCCUACUUUUAUUGAUGCUGGCAGUAACUUUGCCAGUCACGCCAUAGUAGAAGACAAUCUCAUUAAGCAGCUCACAAGUGCAGGAAAGCGUAUAGUUUUCAUGGGAGAUGAUACCUGGAAAGACCUUUUCCCUGGAGCUUUUUCCCAAGCUUUCUUCUUUUCAUCCUUCAAUGUUAGAGACCUACACACAGUGGACAAUGGCAUCCUAGAGCACCUUUAUCCCACCAUGGACAGUGGUGAAUGGGACGUGCUGAUUGCUCACUUCCUGGGUGUGGAUCAUUGUGGCCACAAGCAUGGUCCUCACCACCCUGAAAUGGCCAAGAAACUUAGCCAGAUGGACCAGGUGAUCCAGGGACUUGUGGAGCGUCUGGAGAAUGACACACUGCUGGUGGUGGCUGGGGACCAUGGGAUGACCAUGAAUGGAGACCAUGGAGGGGACAGUGAUCUCGAGGUCUCAGCUGCACUCUUUCUAUACAGCCCCAUGGCCCUCUUUUCCAGCACCCCACCAGAGGAGCCAGUGGUGAUUCCUCAAAUCAGCCUUGUGCCUACACUGGCCCUGCUUCUAGGCAUACCCAUUCCAUUUGGGAACAUUGGAGAGGUGAUGACUGAACUCUUCUCAGGUGGCAAGGACUCACAGCCUUAUGCUUCUGCUCUAGCCCAGGCCUCAGCUCUCUAUCUCAAUGCCCAACAGGUGUCCCGAUUUCUGAGCGCCUACUCAGCUGCUGCUCAGGACCUCCAAGUUAAGGAGCUUAAUGAGCUGCAGAAUCUCUUUAUCAAGGCUUCUACUGACUACAAUCGACUUCUACAGAGUCCCCAAGGGGCUGAGACAGCACUACAGACUCUGAUUGCAGAGCUGCAGCAGUUCCUGCGAGGAGCUCGAGCCAUGUGCAUUGAGUCUUGGGCCCGUUUCUCUCUGGUCCGCAUGGCAGGAGGUGCUGCUAUCUUGGCUGCUGCCUGCUUUCUCUGCCUGUUCGCAUCCCAGUGGGCAACAUCCCCAGGAUUUCCCUUCCGUUCCCUACUGCUGAUACCUUUAGCCUGGAGCCUUGCUGGGGCCAUACUGUAUGUCGGACUCUUGACAGUUACUAGGAUGAAGCUAGAUCCAGUGCUUCUAGGGGCUAUGGCUGCAACAGGCUCACUCCUUUAUUUUCUGUGGAAAACCUGGACUGGCUGGGGGUCUAAGAGGCCUGUAACAACUCUACUUCCCAUUCCUGGGCCUGUCCUGUUAUUCCUGCUUAUUCGCUUGGCUGCCUUUUUCUCUGAUAGUUUUGUUGUAGCUGAAGCCAGGGCUACCCCCUUCCUUCUGGGCUCCCUCAUCUUAUUCCUAGUUGCCCAGCUUCACUGGGAAGGCCAACUGCUACCACCUAAGCUGCUCACAAUGUCCCGCCUUAGCUCCUCUGCUCCAACAGUGCCCCCACGGCACACUGGCACCUAUGCCCUGUGGCUUGGAGUUGGGUUGCUUUUAUGUACAAGGCUAGCUGGGCUUUUCCAUCGCUGCCCUGAAGAGACUCCUGCCUGCCACUCCUCUCCCUGGUUGAGUCCUCUGGCAUCCAUAGUGGGUGGUCGAGACAAGAAUUUGUGGUAUGGAGCUUGUGUGGGGUCACUGGUGGCCCUGUUAGUUGCUGUGCGUCUGUGGCUUCGCCAUUAUGGUAACCUCAAGAGCCCUGAGCCUUCUGUGCUCUUUGUGCGCUGGGGGCUUCCUCUCAUGGCUCUAGGUACCGCUGCCUAUUGGGCAUUGGCAUCGGGAGCAGAUGAAGCACCACCACGUCUCCGGGCCCUGGUUUCUGGGGCAUCAGUUGUGCUGCCGCGGGCUGUGGUGGGGCUGGCUGCUUCAGGGCUCAUGCUGCUGCUCUGGAGGCCUGUGGCAGUGCUGGUGAAGGCUGGGGUCGGUGCUUCAAGGACCAGGACUGUCCUCACUCCCUUCUCAGGACCCCCUACUUCUCAGGCUGACCUGGAUUACGUGGUCCCUCAAAUCUACCGAUACAUGCAGGAGGAGUUCCGGGGCCGGCUAGAAAAGACCAAAUCUCAGGUUCCCUUGACUGUGGCUGCUUAUCAGUUGGGGAGUGUCUACUCAGCUGCUAUGGUCACAGCCCUCACCCUGUUGACCUUCCCACUUCUGCUAUUGCAUGCAGAACGCAUCAGCCUUGUGUUCCUGCUUCUGUUUCUGCAGAGCUUCCUUCUCCUGCAUCUACUUGCUGCUGGGAUUCCCAUCACCACUCCUGGUCCUUUCACUGUGCCAUGGCAGGCAGUUUCCGCUUGGACUCUCAUGGCUACACAGACCUUCUACUCCACAGGCCACCAACCUGUCUUUCCAGCCAUUCAGUGGCAUGCAGCCUUUGUAGGAUUCCCAGAAGGUCAUGGAUCCUCUACUUGGCUGCCUGCUUUGCUAGUGGGAGCUAACACCUUUGCCUCCCACCUCCUCUUUGCAGUAGGUUGCCCCCUGCUCUUGCUCUGGCCCUUCCUGUGUGAGAGUCAAGGGCCAAAGAAGAGGCGGCAGUCUCCAGGGCAUGAAGUUGAAGCCAGAAUCAGGUCUGAAGAGGAGGAAGAGGAGCCACUGAUGGAGAUGCGUCUCCGGGAAGCACCACACCAAUUCCAUGCAGCGCUGCUGCAGCUGGGCCUCAAGUACCUGUUUGUUCUUGGUAUUCAGAUUCUGGCCUGUGCCUUAGCAGCCUUCAUCCUCCGCAGGCAUCUUAUGGUCUGGAAGGUGUUUGCCCCCAAGUUCAUUUUUGAAGCCAUAGGCUUCAUUGUGAGCAGCGUGGGACUCUUACUGGGCAUAGCUUUGGUGAUGCGAGUAGAUGGUGCUGUGAGCUCCUGGUUCAGAAAACUAGUUUUGGCUCAGCAGAGGUAGCCCAGGUUGUGGACACUGGCACCUGGCUGUGGAAAGAAUGGAAAAAUAAUCUAGCUUUGCCCACACAGGUGCUAGAUGAUCCACAAGGGAGCCUCAGCCACGCCUCUUACCAUCAGGCAGCCAGGGGUUGCUGGCUUUGGGACUUAAUUAUUUUAUAAUUCGGAAGCAUAGUGGAGCCUCUUCCCUAAGUUCUGAUUUGGAUACAUCUGAUAAACUACACGGGUGGUUUCCAAAGUGGAAUAAAAUAAUAAUGUAAAUA